AUGCUAAUAUCCAAGAAUACCAGAAUAAAAAAAAUUAGAUUUAUAUACAACUUAUCAGUUAUAGUAAAAAUCGAUGCAGAAGAAAUUGAGAGAGCAAAAGAUGUACCGGUAAAAGUAGAUGAGAAAGAAAAAGAUUCUCAGAACAGUGCUGUUUCUAUGGCAACAGGGGAUUCAGAUGCUAGAGAUCAGAUGGAAGAAGUGCUUUUAUGUGGGAUUUGUCAAGAUAUAUUACAUGACUGUAUAAGUCCAUACCAAGGAUUAGGCGCAAGGUUGAUAAAUGCCGUUGGUGGAGUGUUUGGACUCGGUGUAGCAAGGCCUCCACCUACCAUUUGUAGACAGUGCCCAGGGUGUGUAACUACGGACGCAACAACAACUGUUACUACUACUGCUACCACUAUUGCACUUGCAGAAACUGCAGCUGUUGUAGUAACAAACACACCUGGUGUUACUGCAACUGCAAGUUCAACUACUGAUAGUAAGAACCAGCCGUCCACAUCAACUGGCAUGGCACCGGAUGAUCCAAAACCAUCCACUUCUACCGAUGAUGCAGGGACCACUGUACCAGCAGGGACCACCCGGACUACUCCAGAUGGGGAAGUGAUUCCGAUGGUGGAACCGCCACCGUUCACUUGUGACGUUGGACAAGUUCAUUUGAUGUGUUUAUGUUGUAAACAGCCUAUGCCAGAUAGAAGAACGGCUGCAGUCACAGAUCCUACGAUACCUACACAGCAAUAUUUUACUUUUGGAAAAAAGUGUCUUAUAAGUAUUAUUAAUGAAAAUCAUUAUGAAUCUGAUAUAUUUAAGAAUUAUAUGAAUGAGAAUAAUAUCACUGUGAAAGAUCUUUUAAAGCAGUGUUUGGUGAAGUUGGAUUCCGGAGAGUAUGUCUGCCCUGGUAAGAAUAGAUACAUGUAG